GUCAAUUCAAAAAUAAUAAAACUCGAUAGUCCAAACUCGAUAGAUAUUAGAUACCCAAAAUCAGUUAUAUUUUUAUAUACUUACUAAUACACACUCAUUUAAGAUAUUUAUUAAUUUGUGGAAUAGUAAACUGUUCAUAAAAUAUAAUUGAAUUGGAAUAAAAUAAUUGUUGAGAACGAAAAAAAAAACAUAACCAACAGCCACUUAAAAAUAUAUUUUACUUAAACUGUUACGAAACAUCUGAUUAUUCGGUCGUUUUGUAUAUUAUUUAAUGAGAUACAUGUAUAAACACGACAAAACUUUAAAUUGUUAAAACUAUAUUACAAUAUAAGUUUCAGAGUUUAUCGUUUCGAAAAAUGAACGUAAAUUCGUUACGACCUACCACUUGGGUUACCAAAUGUAUGUUCAAUAAUGGUCUACUAAAAAAUAAUUUAAGGAGAAGUAUGUCAUUAAGUAUGAAUAUGUCUAAAUCGAACAAGCCGAAAUCAACAGUUGACGAAGGGGAUGUUCAGAGACACAGUAACCUGAUGAAGGACUGGUGGGAUACCAAUGGCAGUAUUAAAGCGUUGCAUAGCUUCAAUCUUGUCAGAAUACCUUUUGUAAGAGAUGGUCUUGUGUCUGAAACAGAACAGGGCAAAACUCUUACCCCAUUGGCUAAUAAGAAGAUAUUGGAUAUUGGCUGCGGCGGGGGGAUUCUAUCUGAGGGCUUGGCAAGAAUUGGCGCAAUCGUAACUGGCGUUGAUGCGAGCAAGGAUUUGAUUGAAUUGGCAAAACAACACAGCCAUGUCGACCCUAAAAUAGCUGACAACAAACCUACAUAUUACUGCACAACUAUUGAGGAGCACUCAAAGGAAUUUUCGAACCACUAUGAUGCAGUUGUAGCAUCAGAAGUUAUAGAACACGUUGCAGAUAAAGAACUGUUUGUCAAAUCCUGUGUGGAAGCGGUGAGGCCAGGAGGAAAGAUAUUCAUAACGACCCCCAAUAGAUCGAGAUGGACACAAGUUCUGGGCAUCUUUGUGGCGGAGUAUAUAAUGAAUGUGAUACCGAGAGGCACACACGAAUAUGAUAAAUUCACUACACCAAAUGAGGUCACGUUUCUAUUGGAAAGAAAUAAUUGUCAUGUAGAAGUAGUACAGGGGAUCACUUACAACCCAUUUACCAACAAGUGGACCUGGGUGAAUUCGCACACUCUGUGCUUCGCGCUACAAGCGAGCAAGCUGCAUCCUAAUGUGGAAUCUUCUCUAUCAUAAGAAUAACUGUGUUAUUAAAAACGCUUAUUAAUA